GCAUAAUACUUUAGGCAUGGAAGUAGCAGCGCUGUUCGCCGUAACCCUGUUACUGGGUGCACUGGUAAUGCUGGUUGCAUUAGCGGUGGCGCGACGGAAAGAAGAAAUAAGGGAGGAAAUAGAGCAGGCGGCGGAAUUUGCCGCAGUAGGCAGUGUUGUGAAGGGCCCUGCAUCCAAGAAACCAAAGCAGGAGAAGCAGCGCAGCCGUAAGGAUAAAGCUACACAGCACACUUUUAGUCAUCAGUUGUUGGCGUCCUCACUGAAGAGCCACAGUGCGAAUGUGACGUGCCUGGAUUUCAGUAGUAACGGGAAGUACCUGGCGUCAUGCUCUGAAGACCGCACCGUCCGCAUCUGGAGCACCAAAGACUUCCUGGAUCGGGAACACAAGUGCCUGAGGGCCAAUGUGGAGCUGGAUUGCGCAUCACUAGUCCGCUUCAGCCCAGACUCCAGGGCAUUUAUCACUUGGUUGGCCAAUGGAGACACCAUCCGAAUCUUCAAAAUGAUCAAAAAGGAGGACGGCACUUUGUCCUUCAAAGCUGCUUCUGAGGACUUCCCACAGAAACACAAGGCCCCCAUCCUCAACAUUGGCAUUGCAGAAACAGGCAAGUUCAUAAUGAGCGCCUCCACCGACACCACCAUCCACAUCUGGGACCUGAAAGGAGACAUACUGGCCUCUAUCAACACCAACCAGAUAACCAAUUCUUAUGCUGCCGUCUCCCCAUGUGGCAGGUUUGUAGCGUCGUGUGGCUUCACUCCUGACGUGAAAGUGUGGGAGGUUUGCUUCGGGAAGGGAGGAGAGUUCAAAGAGGUGGCGCGAGCUUUUGACCUGAAGGGCCACUCGGCAGGAGUUCACGCAUUCGCCUUCUCCAAUGACUCUCGCAGAAUGGUAACCGUCUCCAAAGACGGUACGUGGAAGCUGUGGGACACAGAUGUGGAGUACAAAAAGCAGCAGGACCCCUACCUCCUGAAGACGGUUCCCUGUGCAUCGUCUGAAGGCAGCCUGGUGGCCUUGUCUCCGGACGGACGUGUAGUGGCCAUCAGUGACGGCUGUAACGUGGCCAUGUACAGCGCCGCCACCGGCCAGCUGGAGGAGGAGCUGCACGGCGUCCACAGCGAGGAGAUCAACGACCUUAGAUUUGACAUUAACGGGCGCUUCUUGGCGUGCAGCGGCGACAAAGCCAUCCGACUGUUUCACAACACCCCGGGCUACCGGGCAGCCAUCAGAGACAUGCAGGACAUGCUGAAGAAGGCCCAGAACGAGGCCAUGAAGCAGAGACUGCAGAAGCAGAUCAGUGACGCUCAGAGCUCCCUGGACACUGUGCUGGCUGCUCCAGUUGACUAGAAGAGAGGACUCUGACUGCUAAUCUUUUUUUUAACCUCAACUCUGCCGCUCAACAAUCUGGUCCGGGAAUAAUGGAAUUUGCAUGCUGUUUUAAUAAAGAUGAUCUUUUUAUGGAAAAAUAAAAUAGUUGUUCGGG